AUGAGAUCGCCUCGGAGGAUUCGUUUCAGAAGGCUUGCGAGGCAGGCAGACCGAUGCGGAAGCAGCGCGCCGGUCACGCCAGUGUCUGUUGCGUGUCUGGCAUUCCUCGCGGCCGUUGUUGUAUUCUCGUGUGACUUUUUGCCACACUCUCGCCGUGACGCGUCUUUUGCCUUGCUCUCCUCCUUUCCGUCGUCGUCCCUUCCGCUCUUCGCGCGCGCAGCGACGGCAGAGCAUUCUGCUGGGGUCGCGCGUCCUUCACUCUCUCUGAGCGGCUCCAGUAAGGAGGGCGCGGCUGGGAGGUCUCCGCAGCCGUGUCUUUCUUCUGCGUGCGAGGAAGCAGCGCUUGUCGCUUCGGAUGAAGAGCAUCUGCAUGCGCUACUCCCUUCGCGAGCCCUUGCAUCGUCUGCAUCGUCGUCCUUAUCACUUCCCGAUUCUCCGCCGGCUGCGGCUGCAUCCCGCCGGCUGAAGGCUGCGGACGUCAACAGCGCGUCUUCUAUGAAGAGCAUCAAAGACCUCUCCAACCCCCUCGAUGUCCUCGGCGUCUUCAUCAUCGGCAUCGCGAGCAUCAUCGCCGUGGCGGCCGGCGCGGGGGGCGGCGCGAUUUACGUCCCUGUCAUGAUUUUGGUGAUGGGCUUCACGGUCUACGAGGCGACGGCAACGAGUCAGGCGCUCAUGUUUGGCGGGUCGCUGGCAGGCACCUGCCUCAACCUCUUCCGCCGCCACCCUCGCUUUGAUCGCCCUGCGAUUGACCUCGACUUGGUGCUGUUGAUGGGGCCGAUGCAGAUUGCGGGCGCGACGUACGGGUUGGUGAUCAACCGGUGUUGCCCCGUCUACGUGAUUGUGGCGGCGCUGGUCGUUUUACUGUUGGCGACGGCGUACAAGACAUCCCGGCAGAUGUUGCGUCUGAAGCGCGAGAGCAAAGAGACGCGCGCGCUGCUCGCGACCCGCAGCGGAAGCGUCUGCGAGGCGCUUGAGGAAGAACAGCAGGAGGAGGAACAGGCGCGCCACUACCGGGCGGCCUCGGCGCCUUCAUCUCCGCGGGAGGGCAGCCGCGGAGAAGCCGCGCACGCCGAGGAGUGCGACACCGCAGGCGCAGCCCGAUCUGGUGAGAGUCGCGCAGAGGCGGGCGGCGGCGACGUGGAAGCUGGGAAUGCCGCCUGCAUCGAGAUGACGGGUGUGGGCGGCGGCGCGCACCCGCAAGCGAGCGCGGAGGCGAGAGAGGCCUCAGGAGAAGCGAUAAGAGAUGAAAAUACGGACAACGUAGACAGAGAUGGCGAUGUCGCCAUAGCGGGCGAGGGAGGCGCUGCAGCGGCGAAGGCGUCUGCGCAGCCUUCCGGCGCGUUCUCACUGGCGGCAGCUCUGCGCGGUCACAGUCCUCAGAAGUGGCUCGUCAUGUUCAUAAUUUACGCGAUCAAUCUGGCAUUCACGAUUGUCAAAGGAGGCCGACAGACUCCGUGGGAUCUGGUCCGGUUCUGCGGCCCUUCGUACUGGGCGGUGUACGUGUCGGCAGCCGUCUUCCUCAUGACCUCGUCCUAUUUCUGCGCUAUAUAUUUGUGGCGGCGCGACGAGAAAGCCAAAGAGAGAAAGAGGGCCUUGGGGCUGCCGAUCGGCGGCGAGGCGGGCGCAGACAAGGCCGCGGGCGAGCUCGAGUACUCUUUUCAGAAUGUGCAUUUGCUUCUGCUCGUCUCCCUGACUGCCGGCAUCAUGGCGGGCGUCGUGGGCAUCGGUGGCGGACUCGUCUUAGGCCCGUUUCUGCUGACGAAUGGCGUCCCGCCCGCGGUGACCACGUCGGUGAACACGACGCUGAUUUUGUUCACGAGCUCUUCGGCAGCGGCCAUCAGCAUCGCGUCUGCAACUGCUCCGUGGGACUACUGUCUGCUGCUCUUCGGCGUCUGCUUCUUCACCACUCUCAUCGGCAAGGCUUUCGUGGAUAGACUCGUCAAGAGAUAUCACGCGGACUACAUUCUGGUCGUGCUAUUGCUCGUCAUCAUGUUUGGCUCGGUCGUUUGCACAGUUAUUUCCGGCGUUCUGACUAUCAAGAAGGGCGAUCCAGUGGACAUGAGCUUCAAAGCGCCUUGCUAA